AUGAGUGCCAAGAAGAAACGUCGCAAAAUAGCCGUCAAUCCGGCCCUGGCCAAGGUCGGAGAGUGCGGCCCGCAGUGUAAGAAAAGACAAAUGGCCAACAAAAUGAUUAUGGACAAUGACAAACGACAAAGCUUCUCGAAUCGGCUCCAAGCUCCAACCCUGGUCACUUUGGACGAACCAGGAGCACUUCUGCCCGAGCUAGGCGAGGAAACUGCGAUCGAUGUCAAUGUCCAUGGAGUUUGCCACGCACUACAAUUUGAAUGCCUGCUUUUUGAAAAAGCAAAGGUGAUCGUCGUGGAGGGCAAUUCCGAGGCUACAGCUUCAAAACAGGCUUUCGUCGAACUUCUGAGUUUUUGCGAAGACGAGUUACAGUAUCAAAGCUGCAUGAUGGCGAUCCCCAAGAAUCGAUCGGACCUUCGAACGACAGUUCGAAAUUUGUGUCAAUUUCUUGACUUCGAGCUCAUCCCUCCCGCCGCCGGUUGGAGCGAGGAUCACAUCUAUCUCGCCUUGGACUUCUGA